AUGCACUACGACAAGUGGACCGAGGAAGAGCCAAUUACACCGAACACGUUGAUCAGAAUAAUCACUUCCAUGAAUUCAUUACUUAACAAGGACUCCAAAAAACCGAUCAUUGUCCACAGCACUUAUGGUACUCGACGAGCCGCCAUUUACGUUAUUACAGCGUUACUCAUGCAGCAGUUGGCCGAGACGCAAAAGAUGUCAGUGGUGAGUGCAGCAAAAGCAGUGUGCAAGCGACGCUACGGUGUUCUGCGCCGGCGUGAAGAUUUUAAGCUUAUUCUUGAAACCGUUCUACAGUACGCAAAGCAGACUGAUUUGGUCAAAGACGAUCAAACAUUCCAUCGUGUUAUGCAGAUUCUGGAAGAACGACCACAGGUGAUUCCAGAUAUGAAUGCGCCGUCACAUGAGAAUUAUUAA